AUACAAGCAGUAUUUCUCUUGUUUGCAAGAUUUUAGGCGAAGGCCAGGCCAAUUCCGUCGGGCGGUCGGGGGAAGCCGAGAAUAUGGCGAAAGGAUUACAAGUGCAGGGGCUUCCUGCGGAUGUGACACAGCUGAUCGAACAGUUGGAACGACAUUGUCUGGCUCCUGAUGGAUCCAUGGUCUCUAAAUCUGCGUAUUACGAUCUCCAACUAGCCAGAGAGGAAUUGUCGAGAGAGAGAUUGCGUUAUUUGGAAGCCAUGGCAAUCUACUGUGAGGCGAUUGCAAUGGUGGAAGAGUAUCAACAGGCAGUUUCUGUGGCGAACCUUGGAGGAAUCCGAGACGUUCAUGGUCUGUACCCCCAGCUUGGCUUGAAGAGCUCGCCUCAGGUUUAUGAGUCUCUAGAGCAUCGGCUUGUCAUUGCAGAGGCAGCUCAAAGAUUGAGGCUUCCUCUUCUUUCCAAGGACGGUGAAAUUCAUGAGGAAGAAAUUGACAAGUUGAGUAUAAUGUCAAGGAGCUCUCUAGAUAGUACAAGUACCAGUGUCACAAUCAGCUCAAGUCCAAAUUCAGCAAAUUAUACAACUGGUCUAGCCAACAGCACUGCAAGUGUGACAAAUAAUGCACUUGCUCUGAGUUCUACUGAUGCAGCAGAACCUGGAGUUGGUGGAGUUCCAAAUCGCUUUCUUGGAAUUACUCCUGCUUAUCUAUGGCAAAUACAGCUACAACAAACCCCUUUUACUGUGGACAUGGGUGAAUAUCGAAUUUCACUUGCCUGUGAGAUUGAGGGUCGCUUGAAAGUAAAAUGUGACAAGUUAACUGAGGCUUUUGUAAUGAAUGACAUUGACUCAUCAUCCAGUAGCCAAAUUUCAAGUGCUCGUCUUCCAGAAAGAGUAAAGUUAAUUAUUGAGGAAAUUGAAAGGGAAGAGGCUGCUCUGAGAGAAGAUCUCUAUUCAGCAGAUAGGAAGUUUGCUGAAUACUACAAUGUCCUGGAACAGAUACUUGCAGUGCUUAUUAAGCUUGUCAAAGAUUUGAAGCUGCAACACCAACAUCAAUAUGAUGAACUAAGAAAAACAAGGCUUUGCAAAAUGUGUGAGACAAUGAAUGCGAAAUUGAGGGCUCUGGAGCAUCUUAUCCUGCGGGAUACUUAUACUCAAGAUUCAAUACCAGCCCUCCAUAAGAUUAGGAAAUAUCUUCUAGAGGCUACAAAAGAAGCUUCCAUUGCAUACAGUAAAGUGGUUACCCGCCUUCGUGAAUAUCAGGGUGUUGAUCCUCACUUUGAUACUAUUGCGAGGCAGUACCAUGAUAUUGUAAAGAAAUUGGAAGGUAUGCAAUGGGCAAUUCACCAAGUUGAAAUGGACCUGAAACGCUCGCUGGAGCACCAGAGCACAUGAAUACUUGCCCCAUCAACUUAGAUCCUCGAUUCUCCACCAAGAAAAGUAUUAAAGAUUGAUUAAAUUACUCCUUAUGGAUCUAGAAUAUUUUAACUGUUAGCCUAUACAUUUUGUAUACCGUUUGUGUAAUACGAAUUACUUUAGUGGUAUUUCAUCUAAGGAUUCCUCUAAAAAGAAUUUAUUUUCCUAAACGUUUUUUGUCUUUUCAUGUAGGAUUUAUGGUGUGACAUACACUGAUACAAGGUUACUUAUCCAAUUACUGUUUAAGCUGUUUACUGAAAAAAAGUGUAUAAGCUAGCAGCACGAUAAAUAAAUCCAGCCUCGUUACUUCUCUUC